AUGGGAAUUCCACGUCGUCUUUUUCUCCUUGUUGGCUUUACGCCAACUGUCCGGGCUGCAAUCCACAACCUAUUUGUCGGGAACCUGUACACGCCGGCAUCGAUCCACGCACUUGAAUUCAACGAUGAGACGGAGGAACUCAAGCUGGUGCGGACACAGCCGACCGAUUCAUCACAUGCCUGGAUUGCCUUCGAUCACGCCAAAAAGAAUAUCUACGCCGCGUCUCUCAAUGAAGCUCGGAUAGCCAGUUACCGCGUGGCGAACCCUACCACGCUAGAGCUCACCAAGAGUAUCCCCGCAACCGGUGCUUGCCUCAACAAGACGAGCGCCUUCAUUGAGGGCAUGUCCAGCGAGCCGUACUAUGCGUUCUCAGCCUCAUGGCCCGCACCCGACGCCUGCGGAAUGGCGUUCUCCGUGGACAGCAACGGUGGGCUGGCUUCUGUGGUCGACUCGUGGGCCUACGCCAACGAGUCUGGGGUCCAUGGUCUCGCGCUGACCAGGCGCAACGGGAAGCAGCUGAUAUAUUCGGCCGACACCUCGGCCGACCUAGUUUGGAUCCACCAGGUCGUCCGGUCAAACGGGAGCGUGAGCGAAGUAGGCAGGUUCCCAAUGCCAUACGGGGGAAUGAACCCUCGACAUCUCAUCGUCCACCCCGGCGGGAAAUAUCUCUACGCCGUCAUGGAAGCGGACAAUAGCAUCACGCAGUUUGAUUUGGAUGUCGAGACUGGCUUGAUCAUGCAAGACAGCCUCAGGGUCAUGCUCAUACCUAUCGGUACGCAAGCGGACACCACACUCUACUGGUCUGCCGACGUCCAGCUCUCUCUUUCCGGGCGCUACCUGUGGGCUACCGCACGGGGUCGCAACGCAACAGAGACUGGCUUCAUUUCCGUCUACCUCCUCGGCGACGACGGGCGCAUUUUGAGGAGGAUGCUUCGUGUCCCGACGACGGGGGGCGGGGGUACCAACCACAUAAGCCCCGCCUUCUGGAGCGACGAGUAUGCAGCGAUGACUGACUUUGGACAAGGCUAUGUCCAGAUCUUCAAACUGGACGGCCCGCGGGAUUCGAGGGACGGGACAGAGUACACGACGGCGCGUCCCGUGGCCAAGGUUGACAUUGCCGAUGGGGGUUGUUGUGCCAACGCCAUCUGGUAUAGCUGA